UCUUCCCAUUUUUGCAUUUGCUAAUACAACUAUUCAGCUAUGAACUUCGCUUUUGUCUUACGUUCAUCGGCCACAGGACGUCGUUGAACGGCGACUUUUGGAGAGCACCGUAAUAUUAGCUACUGGGCAACAUCGUAAGCCUAACAGGUUAACAGGUUUAGUUAACAGGUUUAGCUACCGUUAGCCAUGGCCCUGUCCUGUGUGACAUGACAACUUUCUCGACCUGCUGAUGAUCCGUGUGUCAUCUCAGUGAUCCUGUGAUAUUCCUGCCCGGUGGACCAUCUUAACAACACAGCAUGGAUGAGGAGUCUGCAGACCAAGCGCCCAGCCUGUCUCCUCUUCGCCACAACGCUGGAGCUGACUGUAACCAUGGUGACCAGAGCUCACUGUUCAGCCAGCAGAAGAUGGUGUUGGAAAACCACGAUUAUCUCCAUCACAGUGAAACACUGGCCUCAAAGGUUUCAGCGGAAGAGAGAGGAGUGUGGUGUGAGUCUGAUGUCCCUGUAGGACAACAGAACAACCUCUACAACACAACAUCAUCCACUAACAAGUCUUUCCCCUGCUCUGUGUGUGGACGACUCUUCACUACAAAACAGUCCCGGGACCGACACGUGAAGACCCACACGGGAGAGAAGCCGUUCCACUGCACCGUGUGUGGGAAGAGCUUCUCUCAGCAGUCCUCCUUUAGGAUACACCAGAGGAGCCACACGGGGGAGAAGCCCUACCGCUGCCUUGAACCUGACUGUGGGAAGAGCUUCUACCAAUCAGGAGCCUUGUUGAGACACGGAAGGGGUCACGCUGAGAGGUCGACCAGACUAAGAGCUGCUGGAGAUGUGCUGCUUGUCCAGCAGGACGAUACUAGUAACAAGAAUUCUAAACUUCAGGCUGUAGUGGAUGUGCUGCCAGAGCAAGAGGAUGUCCUUCUGGCUGAAGGAGACAGUCCUGCUCCUCCUCCCAGCUCCGUCCCCUCUACACCGGGAGGACUACCUGUCCGACACCGGCAGAACCACAACAACACGUCCCACACCAACACCUGUCAGAAGUGCGGAGAGCAGUUCUCUACCUUCUACAAGCUGCGUGUCCACCUGACCACCCACAGGGGAGAGAAGCCCUUCUCCUGUCCAGACUGUGGUCAACGCUUCUCAGCCCGGGGGUACAUGGAGUCACACCAGAGGGUACACAUCAAGGAGAGACCACACCCAUGCCCUGACUGUGGUAAGAGGUUCCUCUCCCUGGGAGACCUGAAGAGACACCAGCAGAGCUUCUCCGAGGAGAGACCGUACAGCUGCUCCGAGUGCAGGAAGAGUUUCACCCAGCCGGGGUUCCUAAGAGCACACCAGAGGACACACACCGGGGUAAAAGGUUACCGCUGCCCCUACUGUCACAAGGACUUCUUCACUGCAUCCAGUCUGAGGAGACACAAAAAGCAGGCGCAUGCGGAAGAGACCGUCACGCUGCCCCCUAGUGGUGGACUCCAGCUGUCACAUGCUGGAGAGAGCCUGGGUCAAGCUGAAGCUGGUGUACCAGGACUUAAGGUCAUAGUGAAGGAGGAGGAGGAUCCUGCUUUUGGAGACAGUUCUAACAACCACCACUCUGAGACUACUGAGGAGAGUCUCCCUGCAGCCGUAGAGCAUAAACAACAACAACAACAACAUAAACAGCAUCACAGCUGUCAUAGAAGAGCCCACCCCUGCCCUGUGUGUGGAAAGGAGUUUCCCAUUGCCUACAAGCUUCAAGUCCAUAUGAGAAUCCACACUGGAGAGAAGCCUUACUCCUGCCUUGUGUGUGGGAAGAGCUUCGCCCAGAAGGGGAGCCUGACGCUCCACCAGAUCGUCCACACUGGAGAGAAACCUUACUCCUGCCCCGACUGUGGGAACACCUUCUCCCAGAUGAUCAGCCUGAAGAGACACCAACUGUUGCACACGGGAGAGAGACCGUACCGCUGCUCCGAGUGUGGGAGAAGCUACACCCAGCAGAGAAACCUGAGGGCCCACCAGCUGAAGCACACUGCAGAGAGACUUCACUGCUGCUCUGUGUGUGGGAAGCGCUUCUUCACACCCUCAGGACUCAGGGAUCACCAGAGGUCUCACACAGGAGAGAAACCAUUCCCCUGCUCUGUGUGUGGGAAGAGCUUCUCACGGCCUGGUCUCCUGAGAGAACACCAGCAGACUCACACAGGAGACGGUGGACAGGUGGAGCGAGACCGCAGCAAGGACCCUGGUGACCGAUCGAGCCCCAAACCCAAAGAGUCCCUGGGUGAAAUUCUGGGACUGAAAAUUAUAGUUGAAGAACUGGAGAAAGAAGAGGAGGGGAAGGAGGCGAGAGAAGAAGAGGAUGAGGAAGUUGGUGGUUUGAUAAAUUCCGACGGAGAGGAAGUUGGUCACGUUUCUCUUUCUAGAAAAAGCCCUGUCCCAGUCUUUGUUAGCGGUGAGAUUCCCUCUACAUCAGCAGAACCUGAACAACACCAACAAAUCCAGGAGAAACGAUACAGAACCAAGAAGCCUCACCUCUGCUCGGUGUGUGGAAAGGAGUUCCCUAAACCAUCGAAGCUAGUUGCACAUCUCCGUACACACAGUGGAGAGAAACCCUUCCGCUGCUCCGUGUGCGGUAGAGGUUUCUCCACAGGGGGUAUCACCCUACAGAGACACCUUCUGACGCACACAGGGGAGAAACCGUAUCACUGCUCUGUCUGUGGGAAGAGGUUCAUCCAACGAGGGAAUCUGUUAAAACACCAGAAGGUACACACUGGAGAAAAACCUUACUCCUGCUCCGUGUGUGGACGGAGUUUCCCUCGAUUUGAGCGUCUGAAGGACCACCAGCGGACACAUACAGGAGAGAAACCUCAAUCUUGCGAUGUCUGUGGGAUGAGGUUCUCCUACGCGUCCUCCCUCAAGGUCCAUCGCAGGAUGCACACCGGGGAGAGACCUUACCAGUGCUCUGUCUGUGGGGAGAGCUUCAACUCAACAGCAAACCUGAGGAAACACAGACAGUCCCACACUGGAGAUAAUGGGUCUGCUAACAUGAAGAGGGGUCGGCUCCUGAGGUCGUCCCACACUGGAGAGGGGUCUGCUGCUGUUACUGUGAAGAGGGGUCGGCUCCUGAGGUCGUCCCACACUGGAGAGGGGUCUGCUGCUGUUACUGGAGGAUGUCAGACCGCUGGUGGGGAUGCUCAGGGAACCGUCGUAAAAGAUAAAAGCUCUCUGGGUCCUGACCAAGGCCACGGUGAAGGCUGCAGUCAAACAUCUACCUUAUAUAUCGAUAGUAAAGAAGAGGAGGAGGAGGAAGUUGGUGGUUUGAUAAAUUCCGAAGGAGAAGAAGUUAAUUGGGAUUACCUCACAUUGCAGGGCCGGAAGUCAGUUUCUGAAAAGUUUGAGAACCAAGUUGAAGAUGAAGAUGAAGAAGAUGGUUAUGAUGUGGAAGAAGAGGAAAUUGGUGGUCUGAUUAAUUCAGACGGAGAAGAAAUUGGUUGGGAUCGUCAUCGUAUCAGACAGAGUGUCAGCCGUCCUUCUGACAGCGAGGAGAGUCCCUCUGCAUCAGGAGAACCUGAACAACACCAGGAGAAUCACAACAACACAAAGACCAAGUCUCACCACUGCUUUAGAUGUGGGAAAGACUUUGCCAACAUCUCUAACCUACGGCGACACCAGAAGAGACACUCAGGAGAGAGUUCCGAACACAGAUCCGACAGCGAAGCCAGGAAGUCCCACUGCUGCCCAGAAUGUGGAAGAGACUGUAAGAAGCUAUCAGCUCUACAAAAACACAUGAAGAUCCACACAGGAGAGAAGCCGUACCCUUGCUCCGUGUGUGGGAAACAGUUCCGUGAAAAAACAGCCCUCCGCGACCACCAGAAAGUGCACACGAGAGAAAAACCUUACCCUUGCCCCGACUGUGGGAAGAGGUUCGCUCACUCAGGAGCUAUGAAGAGACACCUGCUGACGCACACCGGAGAAAAACCUUACUCCUGCUCUGUGUGUGGGAGGAGCUACACCCAGAUAGGGCGACUGCGAGAACACGAGCGAACACACAGCGAGGAGAAACACGACUGUUCCGUCUGUUGGAGGAGCUUCUCCAAAGCUACGGCCCUCGUCGCUCACUUCAGGACCCACACUGGAGAGAGACCCUACAGCUGUGAGGAGUGUGGGAAGAGCUACGUUCGAACCCAGAACCUCCGAGCCCAUCAGAGGAAAAGUCACAGCAGCUCACUACCAAACCCUGGGACUGGGACAGGGGAAAACCUGGCUGCAGGGGUGAAGAGUGAAGAGGAUUCUAUUAGUAUCAGUGAUGAAGAGGAGAAGGAGUUGAUGCUAGCAGGGUGGAGGAAAACGAGGACAAGCCUUUCACAUUAGGAUAGAUUCCUCUUUGUGCUGACCAUCUCUAGACACUGAAUGAAUAGAAUGGACCAAAACAAGGACUAGCCAACCACAUAGGAUUUUCUGCAUCCAAAAUGGUACCCUAUUCCCUAAAUACCAGGCCCUGAUCAAAACUAGUGCACUACAUAGGAAAUAUGGUGUCAUUUGGGAUGCAGAUAGGCUUUGUGGUGAUGAUCUGCAGACAAAGAACCAAUAGAAUGGACUGUAGUUCUGAAUUCCACCAGAGGAGGGCAGCAAAGUCGGAGACGAAAAUGAUUAGUGUUGAGAAAUUGAGUUUGAUCUAAAACAUACACUACAUGAUGUGGACACCUGCUCAUCUAACAUCUCAUUCCAAAAUCAUUGGCAUUAAUAUGGAGUUGGUCCCAACUUUGCUGCAAUAACACUCUUCUGGGAAGGCUUUCCACUAGAUGUUGGAACAUUGCUGCAGGGACUUGCUUCCAUUCGGCCACAAGAGCAUUAGUGAGGUCGGGCAUUGAUGUUGGGCGAUUAG